GCAACCUCCCUGCCAGAACCUCAAAAGGCUUAGCAGCUCUGAUGUGAGAACGAAGCUGUCAGUGAUUAACUCUGUUAAAGAAUUUCACUUAUUUUAUGCAUACAUACUAAUCUUUUCUGUAUUUUUUUAAAAUCAAACAUUAAAAAUGAGUCUGGGAGUCACUCAUACACUUAAUCGGCGAAAUGAGGGUACUUUUAGAGGGUAUAAACAACAACGGGCGCACGACUAUCUGUAUGAUCCAGUUUGCACCUUCGGUAGUGAAACUGAUCAUACCCGGGCACGAUUCCAAGCCUUGGCGUCUCUAGGGCGGGUGAAAAAAGUUCCGGAAUUUAAGACCAUGUUCAGCGAGCUCCCCCACCGCCCGCGGUAUAGCCUGCGUCUGGACGCCGCGGAUCCCGUGCCCGCGUUCAUCGACCGGCGCUGGCGAGGACUCGCGGAGCAGCGGAAGGAGGCGAUGCGGCGCGCGGGAUUCAACCCAGCAGCCCAUGGCGAUCCGGGGGACUGCGAUAUUUCAGGUGCCGAUCGAUGGAAGUUUUUCAAGCGGCCGCUGCUUCCCUUCACCCAGCUCGUGCCCCCAGAUGUAGUCUUUGCCGUGCCAAAGAGCCCGCGGUUCAGCAUGGAGGGGGCCCAGGAGCACGUCCCGGUCGCGGCCCACCGCACGGUGCACACGCAGACCGACUACCGGGACAGCGAGGCGCAGACGGACCCCUACACCCCCAAAUACGCCGUGCGCCCCGGAUCCAGCCCCGAGCUGCUCACCCUGGUCACGCUCACCUGGAACCGCGGGCUGCCCGCUGGCCUGGCGGAGGUGCAGAUGAUCGAGCGCAUGAGGCAGAAGAGGGCCUGGGAGGCAUCGCUGCCCCCGCUGAGCGACCUGGCCCAGCUGCACAAGAGGAAGAGGAUGAUGGAGGCCAUGGAGAGGAAGGAGUGGGCCUUCAGAGAGAGCGAGAUUCAGAAGCUGCAGGAGAGGCGGCUGGAGCUGCUGACUCAGCUGCUGAGCCAGAGGGAGGAGCGGCAGCAGCAGCUGCUUGUCAAACACCUGGACGCUCGCUUCGCCCAGCGCCAGCGCGACAAGGACGCCAAGAUCAGGAAGAUCCGCAAGGACUACGUCCUCUCGAUCAGGAGGCUGAUGGAGAAGAGGAGGAACGUGGAGGGGAAGCUGCGCAGGAGGGGCGUCGUGGAGGAGUACUGCAGCCGCGGGACGCGUGCCUCCACCCCCGUCUCCCGAAUCGCACGCUUCCCCGACGGGGACGGCGACGGGCCAAUCAGCGUCAAGGACUGGCUCCAGAACACUUACGAAGGCCUGCUGGUGCUGGAGUCCACGCUGCCGCUGUCCGUCACAGAGGCCUGUAUCCGCGCGCCCAAACCCAGGACGGGGAGCGGGUUCGUCCGGCGGGCAGACCGGCGGGAGAUGGAGCUGGUCAGGACACACGAGGAGCUGAAGGAGAGGAAGGUGAAGGUGGAGGAGAAGAAGCCGCUGCGCUUCCUGUACAAGAUUGAGAAACCCGCCCCUCGCCCCCCCACCCCGGCCGUCACACCCCCGCCCGCGGGGGUUGAGGAGAGGGACCUGGCGGUCGUCUGUCUGCAGAAGCUGUUCAGAGGAGCUUCCAGCCAGCAGGCGGUGUAUGAGGAGAAGGAGAGGCGCUUGGAGCUCAUCCAGGAGCUGCGCAGUACUCACGCUCUCCAGCAGGGGGAGCAGGAGCUGCAGAAGGCUGAGAAACAGGCCACACUGGCCCUGCAGAGACAGAGAGAGCUGCAGCAUCACAAGGCGCUGGAGGCGGAGGCGCUGCAGGCGGGUUUGGCGGGCGGCGUGGUGGCGGACAUGCUGGACUUCCUGUGGAAGGAGCUGGAGCGGCUGCAGGAGGAGCGGCGGAUCCACGCCUUCACGCUGCUCGCAGAGCGCCAGCGCCGCCUGCGGGAGGCGGAGGAGAGCGGGCGGAGACAGGCGGAGGAGAGGCGCCGCCGCGAGGAGGACGAGAUCUUCAGACAGGUGGUGCAGGUGCACCAGGCCACAGUGGACCUGUACCUGGAGGACGUCAUUCUGGGCGCCAUUGAGAAGACGGCCGACGAACAGGCCAGAGAGGAAAUCCACAGGAUGGCCGAGGAGAUCAACGACAUCGCCUAUGCCAUGGAGGAGAGUCUGACCAGCGUGCGCUCGGAGGAGCUGGUGGCGGAGCUGGUGUACAGCUUCCUCAUCCCCGAGGUGCAGAAGAUCACCGUCAGGAACAGGGUGAAGACCAGCCAGCAGCAGCACGUCCGGGCAGCUCGCCAUAUUAUCCAUGGGGCUGUGGAGGCAGCCACGGCGCCCCCUACUGGAACCUCAGAGUACUGUACACCUCCAGAGUGCUCCCCAACCCCCCCAGAGCGCCUCCCAACCCCCCCAGAGUGCCCCCGAACCCCCCCUGAGCGUCCCCCAACCCUCCCAGAGUACCCCCCACCACCCCCGUGCCUGGAGCCGGCCCCCGGAGGAGGAGACGAUCGAGACUCUGCUCCAGAAGGAGGAGCUCCAGGGGAGGAGGCGCAGGGCCAGGGGGGAGAGGGAGGAGAAAAGGAGGGAAACUCGGGAGGGGAGAGAGGGGAGGGAGGACAAAAAGAGGAAAGGGAGGAAAGAGAGGGAGGAGAGGAGGAGGAGGAGGAGGAGGAGGAGGGCAAGGAACGAGGGGAAUGAGAUUUAAGAGGAGAGAGAGAAGGAGGGAAGUGAGGGAGAGAGAGGUGUACUCCUGUGUUCCACAGAGUGCAGCUGCCCUGGUAAUGAGAGCAUCCAGGAGCAAUAUUUCCCGAGCUAAAUGGCCCUAAAAUAAAAAAAAUAAAAAAAUGAACCAUUUCAUCUACACAAAUCUCAAAACUGUUUCUGGUCAGCCAGAUAAAUGGAGGUGUAUCUGUGGAACUCUGUCCUUCCUGGAGAGAAGAGGAGGAGGAACCAACCCUAAUCUUCUCCCUCUUUUUCUUUUCUUCUCUGCUGAGAUGGAGGUUUGGCUUCGGGCUAUAUUCUCUCUCCGAGAAACGGUUUAUGGUAUUGAGCAGUCACCACCAUUCUCCAAGGUGUAGGUGAAAAUGUAACGCAUUUACCUGUGAGUCACAAUAAAGGGCAUGUGGAGUGAAUCCUGGCUGGCCAGUACUUGGCUGCAACGUCUUCCUUGUGCAACAGUCUUGAGGAAAAAUUAGUAAAAUCGCUGCAUUUUCCAAAUCAGUGGAGGAAUUGGCCUCUUUGUUGGUGCUGUUGGCAUAUUCCUUUAUGAAACAGAAAGUAAUUGCAAAUGAUGACUUAUUCUUCACUACCGUCAAAUUAUAACCAAAUUGCUUAAUGGAGAAUGUGCUGACAGAAAAGAAUGCCUUGCAGUUAAAGGUGACUCAGCACUCAGGUGGAAAAUAGCAUCAGUGGAUUGGGAAAUGUGUAUAAAGUGUUAUCUGUUGAAUAAAACUGUAGUAAAGUU